GAAGCCGCCACGCAAAAUUAUCGUGGUUCACCCGAACUUCUCGUCGAUCUGCUCGCCUUUUGCUCUCUUUUCCCGACGGCUCGUGGAGACCAUACCGUCUAUACCCUGUGCACACGACGGUACUACCUGAGGUACUUGCGCUGACUGAACUCCGGUGAUCGAUCUCUCAGCAUGGCCCCUGUUAGUUCUCUCAAGAAGAAGCAGUCGAGGGUGUCGACUGCUGGGAAAGGUGCCCUGCCGUCGACCAGGCCGACCAGCUUCGAUCAGAAUGACGCGCGCGGGUCGAAGAAGGAUAGGCGGGCGAUGAAGCACUCCAGUUUCGUGACCAAGAUCGAGAAGAACUCGCAAAAGUCGUCUAAGCGUCGACGGGCGUCCAACAAACUGGCCGCCAACCUGGAGUCGCUGGCCGAUGCGCUCCCAGACACAGAAUCGGACCUCCACGACCCCGACAGCCAAGUGAACAUCAUCAAGCAGAAGACCUUGAGGCACAAGCCCGGAGCCAUGAAGCGCCGGGAACGACUGGAGAA